AUGAUGAAGAGAUGCGGCCAGAAAGGUUAUAUUACUAGAGUUAUUAGUUGCUACACAAAUAGAACUGGAACUCGAAGGAUAUUGUUACAGCAGAAGUUGAUUACGACGGCUAUAGAAGUGCUGCUAGGUACAAAGAGGACAAUAAAGCGAGCAGGGGUACAAUGGCAGCCGGCAUAUCCACAUGUUCGUAAUCCGAUCCUUCACUGUCGUCCAUCUGGAAGCCCUACGUGCCCUUUAUGGGUCGCUGCUACAAGAACCUUCCUCACGUCCUCCUCAGCUCUAAGGGCGACUUGCAUUACUUGGUCGGCCACGGAGCUCUUUCAGUGUCCUUCUAAAGUGCCGGCAGAAUGGCAGCUUGAAGUAGCCUAA